GCGGCGGCCUCGGUCCCCGGAAGGGCGGGCGCUUCCUGCCUCCGCCAUGGAGCCGUGCGGGCGGGCGCUGACCGAGGAGGACAUGGCCGAGGUGAAGAAGGAGGCUUUAGAAACGUUGCGGCCGACGUUAUGUAACAAAAUCAUAGCCGAGAGACAUUUUGAUUACCUGCGGUCCAAGAAAAUCCUUACUAGAGAGGACACGGAAGAAAUUUCUUGCCAAACCUCAAGUAAUAAAAGAGCCGGGAAGCUGUUGGAUUAUUUGCAAGAAAACCCCAAGGGACUGGAUACCUUAAUCGAAUCCAUUCGGCGGGAGAAAACACAGAAUUUCCUGUUAGAAAGGAUUACAGAUGAAGUGCUGAAACUCAAAAAUAUCAAACUUAAAUAUCUCAAAGGUUUGAACUAUAGCAGCUGUUUGUCUUCUCCCUACGGAGCAACAAAUAACCUCUCCAGGUCGCACUCGGACGAAUCCAACGGCUCUGUAAAUGUAAACGACCGAGACUCCACUGUAAUUUAUCAUCCCGAAGGGGAGUCCAGCACCGCCACUUUUUUUUCCACCGUCCCUUCGUUGAAUCUGCCCAUCGUGGAGGAAGGAAGAACAGAGAACGCUGUGUUUUCCUCAGCUACUCUUCCCGGACCCGGAGAGCCCGGAGCGCCGCCUCUCCCGCCGGACCUGCAGAGGGAAGACGAGGAAUCUUCGGGAAAUUCUAGUGACAAUCUCUUCCUUCCCUUAAGGUCGCGUUCCGGCUUGCCGCGCUGAGCGUUUUUCACUUUCCAGUACCACAUUCGUUUCAGAGAGAAGUGAAAGGUCCUUUCGGUGUACAGUCCCGUGUUAGCAUACCUACGUAAUUAGUCAGUUUUCGUUUGUGGUUCUUUCUCCGAAUGACGAGAGCACAUUUUCAAGAAUUUCAAGUCGUCCCCCAGCCCGGGGGUAUUUUUUCACACUCCCGCAGGACCAAAUAGAUGGAUAGACCUGGUUUUUUUUUUAAUCUUCUUAACUGAUCGACCCCGGUCAAAUCUUCCCCGAGAGGUCCGCGUCGCGGGAACCAAUCAGAAGGCCGGCCGAAGAAGUCGAGAGCGCGGGGCGAGGCGGGAUAGGUGUCACUCGGAGGUUGUACGGCUCCCCCGGGCUGAGAACUGAGUAGGACUGGAUCUCAACCACAGCGGAUACACCGGCGUAAGUGCUAACUUGCCUAGGAUCCGAGAGAGUGAGCCUCCUGAUAUUCUGCAUUUCGUCCCAAUGCCAGUUUUUGCACAUAAUUAACGGUGCGGCCAGCGUCCUCGGCGUUCUUGUCCAGCUCUCCCGGGCCUAGCAGACUCCUCUAAUGCAGUCUGUUCUUUCUUUCUCCUUUCGCGCCAGUAGAGGAGUUCGGAGGUCAUAUUCCGUUGUGUCGCUUCAUCUUGUCUUGCUCUUCGUUCUUCUCUGUUCAUUAUUAUUUUGAAGACUUCCGGAGAGCCCCCAAAUAACAUACUUCGGUUAAUCGGUGGUAUUUAUUGUUUACCUUGUGCAGAGCACUGUACUGAGGGCUGGGGAAAACACCGGUUACUAGAGCCGGUAGAUGCGACCCUUGCCCACAAGAUGCUUACGGUCUACGGAGGAGACGGACCUUAGAAAUAAAUUGCAGGUAGGGGAAAUAGUAAAGUACAGGGGGGUGCGCGUAAGUGAUGUGAGCUGAGGGUCAAUACUGCCAUAAGUGAAAAGAGAAUUGCUGUUAGUGGUAAGAGUACAUGUUUUAACGUACUUUUUACCGUUGUAUUUUUUCAGACGUUCGGUAUCCGGGGAGACCCAUUUUAAAACGCGAAUCUGCGCCGCCAAAAAAAUCCUUGGUAGUUUUUGUUAUUUUUCCCAGUCACGGGCCUGGCGACUAGGCCCCGGACGUUCGGUAUCCGGGGAAACCCAUUUUAAAACCCAAAUCUGCGCCGCCAAAAAAAUCCUUUCUAGUUUUUGUUAUUUUUCCCAGUCACGGGCCUGGCGACUAGGCCCCGGUGUCGGGCAUUGAAUUUUCUUCUGGAAGCAUAAAUAUAAUUAAAUGGAUUCGAAUUGUUUUCGUGGUUAUUUCAAAAGGAUAUCCAGCUUUUUAAAAAUUCCAUCGAAACAUUGACGAAUACAUGCAGUUGGAUUCUCAUAUCCUUUAUUCACCCCACUCUUAGUCCCUCAGCACUUACGUGCGUAUCCGUAAUUUAUUCGUGUAUAUUGAUGUCUGCCUCCUCCCCUUAGACUGUAAACUCCCGGUGGGCAGGGAGUGUGCCAUCCAACUGUUACAUAAUGUGAUCUCCCAAGCGUGAGGAGCCCGGGUGCACUUCUGGAAAACCCGUCCCGAGGUUAUUAAUGCUGCAUGUGCUCGACUUGUGCUUUUCUAGACACUGUUCUGAAGACUGAGCAAUUUUGUUCUCCCAAACAAAGCGCUGGUUUUAAGUUCCAUCAGAUGAGGUUCCAUUUUCCCCCAGUCUUAGUACAUGUUUUGUCACCUUCAUGAUUUUACCUAAAUUCUAGAAUGCCAACGUAAUCUGCCAUCACCUUUAUUUCACACGUAGAUUCAUGUUGACAGACUUCUAUAGUCAUGGGGCAGAAUACGGCCAAAUUUUCGGAUAUUUGGAGGGGCGGGGGGAGGUGAAGGUAAGCAGUUCUUUGAGCAAAAACCUGUUUCUUGUGUGCUGUCGGAGGCCUAAACGUUUGGGAUGCGCCUUAAAUGUUAAUAAAAUACUGAGAACCAAAAGCCAUAUUUAAUCUAAAUGAAGAGUCAGCGAUAACCUCAUUUAUAGGGUCAGUGUGCCACACUGACCCUUUAAAUGAUAUGAUCUGGAGGUUACUUUGUGAUCUAAUCAUGGUAUUUGCAAUCAGGUGUUGACAAACACAGAUUGAAUCCAAUGUAAAUCUUUAAACUUCAGAUCCUGAAAAAGACCUAAAAGUUUUCAGGCAAGGGGGGGUGAUGGCAGCCAGGCGUGAGUUUGCUGAAAUUCAGAAAUGCUCAGACAUGUUUCUUUACCAAAAAACCGGCCAAUCUUAAGAAUAUAUCAAAGCCGCUAGUGGGUUUUGGCAAGCGCUUCAAAGUCGAAAUUUUCCACCACCCAUCUCAUUCUCCCAAGUCAUCAUCUUCCCCAGUCCGCACCUCCACCCCACGCACUCCGUAUUAGAGUGGGAUACUUGGAAUUCCAUCCGUUUUCCAUUGCUUCUUUCAGUGUGCACGCAGUAUUGGCACCCAGCGAUGGAUUUGAGACAUUUAGAUGGUGACUGUGAGCUCGUCGUGGGCAGGGAAUGUCCCUGCUCAUUGUUGUACCAUCCCGAGCGCUUAGUACGGCGCUCUGCACACAGUAAACGCUUAAUAAAUACGAUUGAAUGAGUUGAGUGGUUGCGUAAAUAUAGAUGGUGGUCGCCGGUUUGUGACCUUUCCUGAUUGUUUCUGUGCUGAAUCUAACGGUCUCCCUACCUCCCCCCUGUCAAAUCAGCUGCUGCUAACUAGAGAAUGCGAAAGAAUAACUGGAAAUUAAAGAUGUUGCACUCGGGGUAUUUUCCCCACAGAGACAAAAAGGCAGGGAUGGAUUCAGCGUAGUUCUGUGUCCUUCGUGUGCUACUGGACUGCCUGUAGUUUCAAGUGAACUAUAGGAAUAUUAUUUUUUUUUCCAGAUUCCAUAGUUGGUCGCCUAUAAAAAAAAAUCAAGCAGAGUACUUGUGGGAAGCAGAAUUUUUCUUAAAAAAAGAAAUGGAUUUUUGGUGAAGGGACAUGUAUUGAAUAUUAUGAUCAACAUUACAUUGUGCUAAAGUAUUUGGGAACGACAAAGAGGGUAAAGGAAAUGAUGAACGGUUGUGAGAUUAGCUUUUCGUGCUUGGGUAUUUCAGUUCUUCCGGUAGUCUUAAAUACGCAUCUUUCUUUUGUAUAAUUUUGUAGAUAUUAAAGAUUAGCUAAAACACCUCUGUGCAAAACCACAAACUCAUUUGCUUGAUUUUUCAUUAAAGGUAUUAAAGAUGAGACGUUUUCCAAAUCUGUGGUAUUUUAGAUAGUAAUACAAUUUUCCCAAGGGAGCCUUCAUUUCUACUGAAGUAAAAGCCUGCUGCUUAAGAGCUUUUUAAUGUUUUUAUUUUUAUUACCUUGAGGUUUAAUGGAAAGUACUUUUUAAAAAGCUUUUUGGAUAAUCAGUAUCUGCCUUUGAAAUCCGUGCUGUGGGAAAUACUGGAAAAGUUCUCAAGUAUCUUGUUAGGUAUUGUACUUUUAAUUUUAACGUUGAACUGUCGACUGUAUGUUCAUUUUAGAGGGGGUGGGAGUUUGAGAUGCAUUUACAGAUCUUAUUUUUAGUAAAGUGCUUUCGUUUUUGAGAUUAUUUUUUUUUUAAAUCACACUUCUCAAAAUAAGUUCUAAUGGAAAUGGAAAUUUUGAUGUGUUACCCGAACAGUUUUAUAAUAAUCCUGAAGAAAAUCUAGGUCCAUUUCUCUCGUUGCUCUUGUAGAAUUACAUUCUGUUUGUCAAGAUCUGAGCUCUCCCCCUUAAGGGACUCAGAACAAGCCCUAACAGGUCCUUUGCAAAAGGAUAAAAUAACGUCAUUUAGUUCAUUGCGGUCAGCCUCUAAAAUUAGCGCGUUUUGUAAUGUCUUGGCAGAGAGUCUUUGAAAAGCCGUCAAAUUCAUCCAUAAUUUUUAACCAAGGCAUUUCCAUCACAGUAAAGAAAGAAAAUGUGGGAACAUUUGGGAGGAAGGAUGUCAUUAUCUACAAUCCUGUGUAUUGUUCUGGCGUAGUUCACUCUACAAGGCAAGGAAUAAAUAGUUGGAACCCUCCACAAAUGUUUGUUGACUAUGGUCACUUAAAGUUAUCCUGAUGUUCUUUGGUUUUUCACCUCCCAUUUCAUGGUUUCCUCCAUUUUUAUUAGCGAUGAACGGUUAGAAUUAAACCAAAACUGCCCACGGUGGACCUGCAGGAAGAGAAAUUGCCUAAAAAAACCCCACAUCAGGGUGUGAGUUGGAAUAGAAGGUGAUAAUCUACGAUCAACUUGUAUAGAAAGUAUAGGAUUGGGUAUCUGUACAUACAAAGGCUAUAUAUUGUGCCAAAGAAGUUGCUUCGCUCUUGUAUUAAUCUGAGAUUUGAAUGUGUUUCCUUAAGAAUUUGAAAGCUUUACAGUUUGUAAUAAAAAAAAAAUUUCUCUGUCG